ACGACAAAUUCGUCCACGUCAUAAUUUUUUUUCUACCAUGUUAAUCGCAGCUCGGAAAAGUUUCGUUGAAAAACUUUUUUGUCACUAUUAACCGUUGAUAUAAUAAAUAGACAUGGAAACCUUAUACCAUCAAACGAACAAAUUGGUUCAGGAUACCCAGCACUUGUUCAGCCAGCUGGAAAGGAAGCCGCCUAACCUUGAUGUCGAUGCCGUUGAACAAGAAAUUGAAUCCAAAAUACAGACAAUUAAUAGUAACUGUGACAGGCUGGAUAUCUUGUGUUCCAAAGGUCCACUAUCUCAGAGGCAAAAUGCAAAAAUGAGGGUUGACCAAUUAAAGUAUGAUAGUAGACAUCUGGCUGCAGCUUUGAAUUCUUGGAAGUAUAUGAUACAGAAGAAACAAAGAGAAGACGAUGAGAGAGAAGAACUUUUGUCACGCAGAUUCACAACAAAUGAUCAUGUAGAUAUUAUGAUUGAUCAAAGUGUGCAGCAUAAUGCCCAAAUGCACAAUGCUAUCCAUGGUGUUAACGAUUUGCUGAUGCAAGGAUCUGAUGUAUUGGAUAAUUUAAAAUCACAAAGGUAUACCCUCAAGGGAGCACAUAAACGUUUAAUAGACCUUGGUAAUACAUUAGGGUUAUCAAACACAACAAUGAGACUGAUAGAACAAAGAGUCCAGUCGGAUGGAUAUAUUCUGAUUGGUGGUAUUCUCAUCACGUGUUUGAUCGUAGGAAUACUAAUUUACUUUUUAUAAACAUUCCCAAAAUUGAAUGGUGUUUAUACAUAGAAAAAAAAAUGAGGAAAUAACUUUUAUUUUUUUAGUAACUAAAAAGAUACUUUUUUGUACUUUUGCACGAUAAGAAAGUUCAAAAUGUUAGUUCAUUACAUAUUUGAGACUGACUAAAAUUUCAACACUUUGUACAUAUAAUCAAUUACAAAUCAUACCAAGAGCAUUGUUUUAGGUUUUAAUCGUUUGGUUUGAAAAAGUUUAAAAAAAUAUAUUUAAAGUAACGUUUAUAAUUUAAGAUAUACAUCUUGUUUACAGUAAAAGUGUUAAUAAUUGUCUCAAAGGGAUGUAAAAAUUUAUCCAGUGGCCCAUAGAAACAAAUUGUUUGCAAAUUAAGUAGAAAACUAUACAACUGAGUAAAAUUCUAUAAAUACUUAAAAUUAACGUAAAAACAUGUAUAAAAGUAUGAAACACCUCCAGAGCUUACAAAAAAAUUAUAAAUGAUUGAAUUUUCACUGUCCAAAGACUCCAUACAAACGGGAAAGCCUAAUACCCAUACAGCUAGAAAAAAUAAAAAUAAAAAAUUUCUAAUAGCGAAUCUAGCGUGUGUUUUUAACGUACUCUUAAGAGCGGGUCAGGUAGAAGUAGAAGAAAAGAAAGAUAAAGAAAGAGGGAACCAAAAGCCACGCAGGGGCAAGUUUUUCAAGAGAGAAGGAGAGAGAGUGUGCGAGGGUCCUGGUUGUGCUGAAAAAGAGAUAUCCCCCACCCGAGAGAUCUGCAGCGUCUCGGGUACAAAAAUUCCCUGAAGAAAGGUGAGAGAGGAAGAAAGAGAAAGAACGUGCGCAAGCAAAAGAUCGAAAAUCGAGAGGGGAGAGAAAGAGACGGUGGGAGCAAGAGCGCGCGGGCCUUCUUCUCGAGCGCGCGGGGCCCCUCUCAGUUUACCUGCGACGCUCGAGGGGCUCGGAUUUUUCGUUGAGCGGGAGAAACUACUGCGAUUUGUGAAAAGCUGUUGGUACUCCGAAAAUUGGAAAUUUAAUUAAAUCUGUGUUGAUAGUUGUUAUCGUUAGAAAACUAGAUAGCUGCCGAUUUUUUGAAGAAGGCAUAGGAGAAAAACAUGAAGAAAAAGAAGAU